AACACUUUUCUAAACCGAUGGGAGAGAUAGCAACAGAGUUCACGGCCGUUAUGGAUGACGAUGACCGGUGCGUUGUACCGGAGGUAGAGCUCACUGUACCCAAAACCGACGAUUCAUCUUUACCGGUUCUCACAUUCCGGAUGUGGGUUCUUGGUAUAGGCGCGUGCAUUGUACUCUCUUUCAUCAACCAGUUUUUCUGGUACAGAACGAUGCCGUUGAGUGUCACCGGAAUCUGCGCUCAGAUCGCCGUCGUGCCGAUUGGACAUCUCAUGGCGAGGGUGCUUCCGACAAGGAGAUUCUUGGAAGGUACGAGGUUUCAGUUCACCUUAAACCCAGGUGCCUUCAACGUCAAGGAACAUGUUCUGAUAACCAUCUUUGCAAAUUCCGGCGCCGGCUCCGUUUACGCUACUCACAUACUCAGUGCUAUUAAGCUUUACUACAAACGUCCUCUUCCUUUCCUCCCAGCGUUUCUCGUCAUGAUCACCACUCAGAUUCUUGGAUUUGGUUGGGCUGGUCUCUUUAGGAAACACCUUGUUGAGCCUGGUGAAAUGUGGUGGCCAAGCAAUCUUGUUCAAGUCUCUCUCUUUGGUGCCUUGCACGAGAAAGAAAAGAAAUCUAGAGGAGGCAUGAGUCGAACUCAAUUCUUCUUAAUCGUCCUAGUAGCUAGCUUUGCUUACUACAUCUUUCCUGGUUAUCUUUUCACCAUGUUAACAUCAAUCUCAUGGGUUUGUUGGCUCAAUCCCAAAUCAAUUCUAGUUAACCAACUCGGUUCAGGUGAACAUGGUCUUGGUAUUGGAUCCAUUGGUUUUGAUUGGGUCACCAUUAGUGCUUAUCUUGGAAGCCCUUUAGCUAGUCCAUUGUUUGCUUCGGUCAAUGUAGCCAUCGGUUUUAUACUGGUCAUGUAUAUCGUCACGCCUGUUUGUUACUGGCUUAACAUCUAUGACGCCAAAACCUUCCCUAUCUUCUCUAGCCAGCUCUUCAUGGGUAAUGGCUCACGUUAUGAUGUUUUGAGCAUUAUUGAUAGCAAGUUCCAUCUCGACCGGGUGGUUUACUCUAGGACCGGCUCCAUCAACAUGAGCACCUUCUUUGCUGUUACUUAUGGUCUCGGGUUUGCUACAUUGUCUGCCACCAUUGUCCAUGUCUUAGUCUUCAACGGAAGUGACUUGUGGAAACAGACAAGAGGGGCCUUUCAAAAGGAUAAGAAAAUGGAUAUACACACAAGAAUCAUGAAGAAAAACUACAGGGAAGUUCCAUUGUGGUGGUUUUUGGUCAUCCUUUUACUGAAUAUUGCGCUCAUCAUGUUCAUCUCCGUGCACUACAACGCGACCGUGCAGCUUCCUUGGUGGGGAGUGUUACUUGCUUGUGCCAUUGCCAUCUCUUUCACUCCUUUGAUCGGUGUCAUAGCUGCCACCACUAAUCAGGCACCGGGUUUGAACAUCAUAACCGAGUAUGUUAUCGGGUAUAUAUACCCGGAACGUCCUGUUGCCAACAUGUGUUUCAAGGUCUAUGGAUACAUUAGUAUGACUCAAGCGCUAACUUUCAUUUCUGACUUCAAGCUUGGUCAUUACAUGAAGAUCCCGCCUAGAUCCAUGUUCAUGGCUCAGGUGUUUGGGACUCUUGUGGCGGUUGUUGUGUACACAGGAACAGCUUGGUGGUUGAUGGAAGAGAUUCCUCAUCUCUGUGACACGGCCUUGCUUCCUUCAGACAGCCAAUGGACUUGUCCCAUGGACCGCGUUUUCUUUGACGCCUCUGUGAUUUGGGGACUAGUGGGACCACGUAGGGUGUUUGGUGACCUUGGAGAAUACUCAAAUGUCAACUGGUUCUUCCUCGUCGGAGCCAUAGCUCCACUCUUAGUUUGGCUAGCCACAAAGAUGUUCCCGGCUCAGACAUGGAUCUCCAAGAUUCAUAUCCCUGUCCUUGUGGGAGCCACCGCAAUGAUGCCACCAGCAACAGCAUGGUGGGGAAAUUCCGGCGACCGAGAUACAUGUCCAUUAGCUUCUUGUCCAACUGCUAAAGGUGUUGUCGUCAAAGGAUGUCCCGUCUUCUAGCUAAUGAGUCAUGAGACAAAAGCAUAUACCAAGUGCUUUGUACAGAACACACAGCAAAAUGAUAAUUGUAAUUCUCGGAAAUGUCUUUACUCUCCAAGAACUAUAUCUUUGUGAUAGCUUUACAACUAGGUACUAUCCUGUUCUAUGACAGAACACAAAUGCUAGUGAUUCUAUUUGUGUUUCCUUAUAAUGAUUUUUCUGCUUUAGAAAGUUGUUUUGCCUCUUUAAAAGCUGGCUAAUUAUGGUGAGGAUGGUAGAGGUUGCAUAGAAAGAAAGAAUAACACAUUGA